AUGCCGCGCUACCCAUACCAGGCCCUGAACCUUCCCCACGAGACACGCAUCGUCAACAUUCAGCCCGGCAAGUUCCAAGAUGAUAUCAUCUGCUCCAUUUCUCACAUGCCGCUUGAAAAUGCGCCCGCGCCCGAGCCGUACGAGGCCCUGAGCUAUUGCUGGGGGAAAAGCACCAACGUCGAAUUCAUCCCGCCCGACGACACUCUCGUCGCCUACGCCUACGGCUCCGAGGACGGACAGCACGGCAGCAUCCCCUUCCGCGACAUGCUGGAUCACCCCGAGCUUCACCGCACGUACGUCACCUUUGGAGGGCAGUUGCCGCGCGGCACCAUCAUCUGCGACGGCACCCCGGUAGAGGUCGGCGGCGAGCUGCAUCGGGCCAUACGACGCAUCCGCAGCGAGGACGAGCCGCUCCGCAUCUGGAUCGAUGCCCUCUGCAUCGACCAGGACAACGUGGCGGAGAGGAACAAGCAUGUCCUGGUCAUGGGCGCCAUCUACGCCGGCGCGGCGCACGUGCGUAUCUGGCUGGGCGAGGACACGGGCGUCGAGUCGCUUGGCCUGCAGGUUCUCAGCGGCAUCCUGGACAUUGCGAGGGAAUCCAUCAGCGACGCGGAAUUCAGCACUCUGCGGACCUUUGAGAUACGCAAGCGCCUACUCACUAACCCGAAGACGGCAGAACUGGACUGGGAGUCGCUGGAGCUCUUGUUCAACCGAGCCUGGUUUCGCCGCAUCUGGGUCCUCCAAGAAGCCGCCAACGCCACUCGGGCGACCGUCCACAUAGGAUCCGGCAGCGAGGACUGGGACUGGCUCGCACAGUCCAUGCACUUUGCCAGGACCUUCAAGCUGGACACGGUUCUGCGGAGCUUCGCCAUGAAGUCGCUCAGCGUCAUGCAGUGGCUGCGCGACGCCCGCGCCGGGCCCAAGGCCCCGAUAUCCGUCCCGCUCCUCGACAUCCUGGAAGAGACGCGCGUCUUCGACAGCACCGUGCCGGCCGACAAGAUCUACGCCGUGCUGGCCCUCGCGUGCCGGUCCGUCCGCGUGCCGGUCGACUACGCCGCGCGCCCCGAGGACGUCUUCACCGGUCUCGCCGUCGAGUUCCUGCAGGAAACAGGGUCGCUGGACGUCCUCAGCCACUGCAUGCUCCCCGCGACGACGUCGAGCCUGCGCCUCCCCUCGCUGCUGGCGACCGUCGAGGCCAUCGAGAGCACGAGGGCGAUCACGCGGCUGGCCGACACGCCCGAGGGCAUGGGCGCGCCGACGUACGGUCUGCGGAGGGUGGACGCCGGCACGGCCAGCCUCCCGCACGGCACGAGCCUGCCGGAGCGGAACCACAGCAGACGGCUACACCACAUGGGCGAGGCCAGGGCCGCGCUCCUCGACAUUUACGGCGUCGCCUCGCCGGGCGGCGCUCCGACGCCGGAGGUGCGCGAAGCCAUGGCGCGGACGUUUGCGUGCGGCCGCACGCGGGAGCAGGCCCCUCUCGGGCCGGACUUUCUACUGGGCUUCGACUUGCACGGCAUGGUGACCUGCGCGGAUGAGACGUUCGAGGGCGCGUGCCGCUGGAUGGUGCAGGAGGCGACGGGCGCGAGCGAGACGUCCCGGGAGGGCCGCGCGUUUCAUAAGAGGAUGACUCGGGCGUACGAGCAGCUGGCGGGGUCGCACGAGAGGUGGUGCUUCAACAGGCGGUUCGCGAGGACGACGAGGGGGCUCGGGUGGGUGGUCAAUGGCGCGCAGAUCGGCGACGUGGUGGUGCUGCUGUACGGGGGAAACUAUCCGUUUGUGCUGCGCGAGCAGGGAAAGGACAGGUACGUGAUGGUGGGUGAUUGCUAUCUUGACCAGUACAUGGACGGUGAGGGUUUGGGGUCUGAAUUUGAGGAGCAAGAGUUUGUCAUUAUCUAG